AUGCACUGCCGUCCUCCUCAUCAGCAAAAAUCAUUCCUAUUCAUCACUGAUUAUGAUAAAUCUUGCAUUCGUAUUUAUGAUUUAAAUUCAAGGAUUUUACUUUCAUCAUGUAAGACUCCGAGCAUUCCCUACUAUGUGGAAAUUAAUCAAUUAUCAUCGUCAGUAGAAACAACUUUGGAAUCAUGUGAAAUUUAUGUAACAUGUAGAAGUAAUACCGUUCAUAAAUUUGUAAUUUCUCUCGAUGAUUUAAUUCAAUCAUCAUUAGCAAUUGAAAAUCAAGUGAAAAUUGUGGAAAAUUCAAAAAACAAAUAUGAUGGAAUGAAAUUGGUUUGGACAGCUGGAUCACCAAAGGAAAAAUACGGAACUGAUAAAUUUUACUUUCCUCGUGGUUUGAUAUUAAUCGAUUCGGAUGAAAAUUCAAAUUUAGGAAAGCAAUUACUUGUCUGUAAUUCAGGAAAUAACAGAAUUGACUGUUUAAAUCCAGAAAAUGGGCAAUUUACAAAGAGUUUUGGCUCUGAAAAAGGUGAUGGAAAAUUUGAUAGACCUGUUGGAAUUUCCAAAUUCUCCAAUGAACUAUUCAUUGCAGAUCACAAUAACGGUCUAGUUCAAGUUCUCACUUUGGAUGGUCAAUUCAAAAGACAAUUCUCUUCAAAAAGUGAAUUGAACUGUCCUAGAGGAAUAUGUGCCAUUGAAAAUAUGUGUCUCGUGACAGAUAAUCAUCGAAUUCAAUUAUUUAACUCUGAAAAUGGUCAAUUACUGCAAUCAAUUGGAAGUUUAGAGAAGGGAAAUUGUAAUGAACGAUUUGCUUUACCAGAAGGAAUUUGUUUCAAUUCGGAAAGAAGUGAAAUUCUUAUUGCUGAUUGGGAAAAUAAGAGAAUUCAAUUCAUCAAACUUGAAUAA